GAGGAGGGCAAGGCCAUGGGUCUGCCCCUGCUGUUGCCCCUGCUGCUGCCCCUGGCAUCUCUGCAGGCAGGUCACUUGGUAGAACCCAAUCCAAACACUGACUUUGGGAUGAACCAACCAAAGAAACUCUCAGCCUCCAAGGAUGGCUCCAUCCACAUCCCCUUCUCCUUCUGUUACUCCUGGGAAUUAGACAAGGUUCCCAACGUGAGACUCUCCUGGAGAUGGAAACACUUCCAUGGGGAGUUCAUCUACAACACGACCCCGCUGUUCAUCCAUAAGGAUUUCAAGGACCGGCUCCUCCUGAACUGGAAACAGGAUGGGAAGAACGGCUCCCUCCAGAUCUCGAAACUGCGGAGGGAGGAUGAGUCUACAUACUUCUGCCGGGUGGAGGUGCGCACACUGAGACAAGGCAAGCGGAUGUGGCAGUCCAUCGAGGGAACCACACUCACCGUCACCCCCAGCCCUACAACCACCAAGACAACCAUUCAAGGCCCCACCACCACCAUCACCACCACAUCUGGCCUCAGGGUCCCAGAGGGCAAAAGGAGUUCAUGGUCUUGGCCCUUGAGUACUGAAGCUACAGUUGGGUUGGCACUGGCCAGCGCUGUGCUCAUAACUGCAAUUGUGGGACUGAUUGUGUACCUCAGGUGGAAGAGAAUCAAAGGUCUGCAGACUAAAGCCAGAACCCCAGCCAGGGGAUCCUUCCAAAACCCGGAGGAGAAAUACGAGAACAUUGGGAAUAAAGGACAACAUACAGGCCCCAAGCUGGACACCAAGGAUGAUGGCAUCCUGUAUGCCUCCCUCGCCCUCUCCAGCUUGACCUCACCAGCAGCGCCUCCCCACCCGCCUCCCCAAGAGGGCCCCCAGGAAGAGACCCUAUACUCUGUCUUAAAGGCCUAA